GUCUCAGUUGCUAAGCUGCAGCUGAGGAGCAACCGGACUGUCAACAAGUUGCCAGCAGCGGCGGAGACACCGGAGACACCGGAGACACCGACCAGCUGCCGGUUUAACGUUCACACUUUAACCCGCUCGGUCAGAUGCUUCGCGGCGGACAGACGAAGGUGAAUGAAGCUCCGUGCAGAGAGUGAAGCUGAUGUGUGUCCUCGCUGAUCCUGAUUGAACUUCAUGAAUUAACCUCAGCGGCGGUCCAGCAGUUCAAACAGUGUGACCAGUAUGGCUGCCGCCAACACCACCAAGAUCUCGUGGCGAUUGCAGGAGUUCGAGGCUCACUCCAGCAGAGUUUCCUGUUUGGCUCUGGGCAAAAGCUCCGGCCGCCUGCUGGCCACAGGAGGGGAGGACUGCAGGGUCAACCUCUGGGCUGUCAGCAAGGCCAACUGCAUCAUGAGUUUGACCGGUCACAAGAACCCGGUGGAGUGUGUCCAGUUCAACGUGUCGGAGGAUCAGAUCGUCACCGGUUCACAGUCUGGAUCAAUACGAGUCUGGGACAUGGAGGCUGCCAAGAUUUUAAGGACUCUGAUGGGACACAAAGCCAACAUCACCAGCCUCGGCUUCCACCCGUUUGGAGACUUCCUCGCCUCGAGCUCCAUGGACACAAACAUCAAGCUGUGGGAUGUGCGCAGGAAAGGAUAUGUGUUCAGGUACACGGGUCACACUCAGGCGGUGAGAAGUGUGGCCUUCAGUCCUGAUGGGAAGUGGUUGGCCUCAGCCAGCGACGACUGCACCGUCAAGCUGUGGGACCUGACCCAGGGGAAGACCAUCACGGAGUUCAAAUCUCACACCGGCCCCGUCAACAUCGUGCAGUUCCACCCCAACGAGUACCUGCUGGCGUCAGGCAGCUCCGACAGGACCGUCAAGCUGUGGGAUCUGGAGAAGUUCACGAUGAUCGGCUCGACGGAGGGCGACACGACUCCAGUCAGGUGUGUGUUUUUCAGCCCGGACGGCGGCUGUCUGUUCAGCGGGUCCACCGACUCUCUGCGGGUCUUUGGCUGGGAGCCCGACCGCUGCUUCGACGUGGUGCCGGUGGGCUGGGGAAAAGUCUCUGACCUGGCCGUCUGCAACCAACAGCUGAUCGGCGUGUCUCACCAGCUCUCCAGCGUGUCGUCCUACGUGGUGGAUCUGAAGAGGGUGAAGAAGAGCGGCGCUCCGUGAUCAAGGGAAUCAUCCAGGACAA